GAGGGAGUACGGUGACCGGGGUUGAUGACGUCUGCUGCUGGCGGCAGAAAGAUGACCAGAAGUCAAGGCCUAUAAACCUUACUUCCCUUCCUGAAGCGGGUUUGCCAACCUACCUGUUGGAUAACUUUCAAUUCUUGAUCUGUUUAGCCUUGACCGGGACUAACUACUGUGUCCCACCUCAGCCUUGCGACCCCGGGGUCGCCACUGUCACGUUGUCCAGAGCAGUCAGGGACUCCCCAUAUAUCUGUGGCUGACUUGAAUUCCUGAUCCUCUUGUCUCCACCUCCCGAGUGGGAUUUCAGGUCUCUGGCUUCUCUGCAGCACCCACCCUGUAGCCAUGGUCCACGCCUUCCUCAUCCACACCUUGAGGGCCCCGAAUUCGGAAGAUACAGGCCUUUGCCGAGUGCUCUACUCCUGUGUCUUUGGUGCUGAGAAGUCACCCGAUGAUCCACGGCCACGUGGUGCAGAAAGGGACAGGCUCUUGCGCAAGGAACAGAUUUUGGCCGUGGCCAGGCAGGUGGAGUCACUGUGCCGGCUGCAGCAGCAAGCAUCUGGAUGUCCCUCCACAGACCUGCAGCCUCAGUUCUCAGAUGAGCCUGUGUCUCUGCAUGAGGCCCCCCAUGGAGCCUUCUAUCUGGGAGCCGGGGACCCUUUCCAGGAGCCGCAGACUGUGGUGUGGCUGGGUGUGCUCUCACUAGGCUUUGCCCUGGUGCUGGAUACCCAUGAGAACUUGGUGCUGGCUGAGAGUACACUCCGGCUGUUGGUCCGCCUCCUUCUUGACCACCUGCGGCUGCUGACACCAGAAAUGUUUUCCCAGCUUGGGUCGUUAAGUAGCUAUUGUGUUCCAUUGUUCCAUUCAGAGAGUCCAGCUGCACAGUAGGUGAGUCUCCUGUUGUUAAUCUUCCCUUACCCUAAUUGUGGCAGAUAGCAGAAAACUCCAGAAAAGAAAAGUUACUUUUGGAAGAUGGAUCAUUUGCGUACAAUGAGGAAGGAACCACAGAACAGUUCUGCAAGGAAGCAGUUUAGUUUAACUAAGGGGGGAACCUGCAGGCUGCAAAAUAAGGCUUAACUGUAUCCCAGGUCUCUGCCAUCUUGGCAGUCCAGAUCAUCCAUCCAAGGUGGUUAGCUCUCAUUGUAUUCAAAUGAAGCUUCCUCAGCUCCCUCCUCUCUUUGCAGUGGGGUGCCAGUAUCCACUACCACCCCAGCAUCUCAAGAUCUCAUGGAGCAGCCAGGCGGUGGUGGCGCACGCCUUUAAUCCCAGCACUCGGGAGGCAGAGGCAGGCGGAUCUCUGUGAGUUUGAGUUCAGCCUGGUCUACAAGAGCUAGUUCCAGGACAGGCUUCAAAACUACAGAGGAACUGUGUCUUGAAAAAAAAAAAAAAAGGAAGAAAGGAAAAGAAAAGAAAAAUAGGCUCUCUUGGAACAUCUGAGUCUACAAAACAUGGUUUCUCUACAUUUCUGACUCUAGUUCUGUCACGUUCCACUUGGCUCUCAGAACAUGUUACUCUUCUUUCUUUUCUCUCAAAGCAUGUAACACGUGCUGUUUCCACUGAUGCUCACUCGCAAAAACAAGCAUGUGCAUUUUGGUUAUAGCUGACUACUAAUGAACAUUUAGGAAGACAGAGUUAUACAGAACAACAGAACAAAAAAAAAUCUCAUAAUUGGUGAUUAUAGAAUCCUUGUAUUUUUCAGUACCUGAGGCUGGGUACAUUUAUAAAGAAAAGAGGUUCAUUUAAUCCAGUUUUGAAGUUAAAGUAUGGCACUGGCCUCAGCUUGGCUCUGGUGACAACCUCAUGGUGGGUGGCAAUUCAGUGAUGGGGACAUGGACGGGAGAGAAGAGAGGUGGGCGUACAGUAAGCUGAGGAGCAGACAGGAGCCAGUCAUGACCUCACAGAAAGCUCUACUGUAGAUGACAGCGAGGGGUGCUUAUAUCCAUACUCUAAAUUCUAAGAGCUUAUCUGAAUGUCUUGGGUGGAAAGUUCACAUAUCCAUCUAUUGGUUUGUUGUGAGCUAACUUGAAGUCUUGAUGUCUCAGGAUGAUUGCAAGACUUUGUAACCUUGGUAUAAGUGAACACUCCCUGUAUUCCACACACAGGGAGAAGGAAAAGCAGAACUUAGAUCCAAGCCUAACCACUUGAGUGAGACCAGACUGGACUUUGGAGUGAUCGAUUGUUUUUGUUUCCCUUCCCAUAUACUCAGCCUGCUAAAGAUGAGGGAAGACAGACUUGGAGAAUGAUAUUCCUCUGUCUUCUCAGACUGAGCCUCUCAGAAUAGAGUGCAGUUUAAUGAUUCACUCCUUUCUUUUUUAAGUUUUUAUUUUAUGUGUAUAAUUUGUGUGUGUGUGUGUGUGUGUGUGUGUGUACCAUGUAUAUGUGUGCAAUUCCCCAGAGGUCAGAAGAGGGCAUCUGA